CGCGACGGCCCGGGGAGCGGAGCAGAGCCUGCGACCCACAAAGCCGCCGCUGCUGCCGCGAUGGUGCUGUGAGGCGACCGCCCGCGCUCGGUCCUCCGCCGGCCCGCGACUAUGCCCGGCCGCGCCCGCCCUCCGCGCCCUCCCGCCGCAGGACCAUGAGGCCACGCUCGGGCGGGCGCCCAGGGGCCCCGGGCCGCCGCCGCCGCCGCCUCCGCUGCCGCUGCUUCUCGGACUGCUGCUGGCGGCCGCGGGGCCCGGCGCAGCGCGGGCCAAGGAGACGGCGUUCGUGGAGGUGGUGCUGUUCGAGUCGAGCCCGAGCGGCGACUACACCACCCACACCACCGGCCUCACGGGCCGCUUCUCGCGGGCCGGGGCCAUGCUCAGCGCCGAGGGCGAGAUCGUGCAGAUGCACCCACUGGGUCUGUGUAAUAACAAUGAUGAAGAGGACUUGUAUGAAUAUGGCUGGGUAGGAGUGGUGAAGCUCGAACAGCCAGAAUUGGAUCCCAAACCAUGUCUCACUGUCUUGGGCAAGGCCAAGAGAGCAGUUCAGCGGGGAGCCACUGCAGUUAUCUUUGAUGUAUCUGAAAACCCAGAAGCCAUUGACCAGCUAAACCAAGGCUCAGAAGACCCUCUUAAGAGGCCAGUGGUAUAUGUGAAGGGUGCAGAUGCCAUCAAGCUGAUGAACAUUGUCAACAAGCAGAAAGUCGCUCGAGCAAGGAUCCAGCACCUCCCUCCUCGACAACCCACUGAGUACUUUGACAUGGGGAUUUUCCUGGCUUUCUUCGUCGUCGUCUCCCUGGUUUGCCUCAUUCUCCUUGUCAAAAUCAAGCUGAAGCAGCGUCGUAGUCAGAAUUCCAUGAACAGGUUGGCUGUGCAGGCUCUGGAGAAGAUGGAAACCAGAAAGUUCAACUCCAAAAGCAAAGGGCGCCGGGAAGGAAGCUGUGGGGCCCUGGAUACACUUAGCAGUGGCUCCACAUCUGACUGUGCUAUCUGUCUGGAGAAGUACAUUGAUGGAGAGGAACUUCGGGUCAUCCCCUGUACCCAUCGGUUCCAUAGGAAGUGUGUGGAUCCAUGGCUACUGCAGCACCACACUUGCCCCCACUGUCGGCACAACAUCAUAGAACAAAAGGGAAAUCCGGGUGCUGUUUGUGUUGAGACCAGCAACCUUACACGUGGUCGUCAGCCAAGAGUGACCCUGCCAGUACAUUACCCAGGCCGUGUGCAUAGGACCAAUGCCAUCCCAGCCUACCCUACCAGGACAAGUAUGGACUCCCAUGGCAAUCCUGUCACACUGCUGACCAUGGACCGGCAUGGGGAGCAGAACCUCUAUUCUCCACAGACCCCUACCUAUAUCCGUGGCUACCCAUCCCUGCACCUGGACCACACUCUGGCCCCUCACCACUGCAGCCUGGAACACCGGGCCUACUCACCAGCCCAUCCCUUCCGCAGGCCCAAGUUCAGUGGCCGCAGCUUCUCCAAGGCAGCUUGCUUCUCCCAGUAUGAGACCAUGUACCAACACUACUACUUCCAGGGUCUCAGCUAUCCAGAGCAGGAAGGCCAGCCUAUUCCCAGCCUUGCACCCAGGGGUCCAUCCCGUGCCUUCCCACCAAAUGGUGGCAGUAGCCUGCUCUUCCCCACUGUGGUGCACAUGGCCCCUCCCACCCACGUGGAGAGUGGCAGCUCUUCCAGCUUCAGCUGCUACCAUGGGCACCGUUCUGUGUGCAGUGGCUAUCUGGCAGAUUGUCCUGGCAGUGAUAGCAGCAGUAACAGCUCUGGUCAGUGCCGCUGCUCUUCCAGUGACUCCGUGGUGGACUGCACAGAAGUCAGCAACCAAGGUGUGUAUGGGAGCUGUUCCACCUUCCGCAGCUCCCUCAGCAGUGACUAUGACCCCUUCAUCUACCGCAGCCGGGGGCCUGCUGUACAUCUUGAGGGCUCCCCACCACCAGAGGAGCUCCCAGCAGCACACAGUCAAGGUGCUGGGCGGGGUGAGCCUUGGCUAGGCCCUGCCUCUCCCUCAGGGGACCAGCUGUCCACCUGCAGCCUGGAGAUGAACUACAGCAGCAACUCCUCGCUGGAACCCAGAGGGCCCAACAGCUCUACCUCAGAAGUGGGGCUCGAGGUUUCUCCUGGGGCUGCCCUGGACCUCAGGAGGACCUGGAAAGGAGGUCCAGAGGGACCAUCAUGUGCUUGCUGCUUUGAUCCCCAGCCCUCUUCCCUGGGCCCUGGGACAGGAGCAGCUUCUGGUGGCAGCACCUUAUUCCUGGGUCCCCGGCUCCUUGAAGACUGCAACCCUACAAGUGGGGAGCCACAACCAGGGAGCUCCCAAGGCCUGUAUGGCCUUCACUCAGACCAUUUUCCCAGGACAGAUGGGGUAAAAUAUGAGGGCCUGCCCUGCUGCUUCUAUGAAGAGAAGCAGGUGGCCCACAGUGCUGGCAGGGGCAAUGGCUGCUACACUGAAGACUAUUCGGUGAGUGUGCAAUACACACUCACUGAGGAACCCCCACCCAGCUGCUAUGCAGGAGCCCGGGAUCUGAGCCAGCGUAUCCCCAUUAUUCCAGAGGAUGUAGACUGUGACUUGGGCUUGCCUCAAGACUGUCAAGGGAUGCAUAGCCACAGCCCCUGGGGUGGGAUGCUGGGCUUGGACGUCCCCAGACUCCACUGGAGUCUAGGGACAACUCGGGAAGAGGAACAGGCUCCAUGCUACCAAGCUGAGGUGCCACUGCAGCCUGGCUGCUCUCCAGAGGAGGCGGAUGCUUCCAGGGCUAGCCUCUCCAGUGCUCCCCAGGACACUCAGGAGUCCCAUGCCCUGGCUGCUGAGGCUUCAGAAUGUUUCACAGCCAAUGGUGCAGAUUACAGGGGAACACAGAGCUGGACAGCACUGCAAGGCGGGAAGCCAUGUCUGUUCUGGAACGAGACAUUCCAGCAUCCAUACAACACGCUGAAGUACCCCAGCGGGGAAGGUGGUUUGGGUGAGCAUAACUAUUGCAGAAAUCCAGAUGGAGACGUGAGCCCCUGGUGCUAUGUGGCGGAGCAUGAGGACGGCGUCUACUGGAAGUACUGCGAUAUUCCUGCUUGCCAGAUGCCUGGAAACCUUGGCUGCUACAAGGAUCAUGGAAACCCACCUCCUCUCACUGGCACCAGUAAAACGUCCAACAAGCUCACCAUACAGACCUGCAUCAGCUUUUGUCGGAGUCAGAGAUUCAAGUUUGCUGGGAUGGAGUCGGGCUACGCGUGCUUCUGCGGGAACAAUCCUGACUACUGGAAGCACGGGGAGGCAGCCAGCACUGAGUGCAAUAGUGUCUGCUUUGGGGACCACACGCAGCCCUGUGGUGGAGACGGCAGGAUUAUCCUCUUUGACACUCUCGUGGGCGCCUGCGGUGGGAACUACUCAGCAAUGGCAGCAGUGGUCUACUCUCCUGACUUCCCAGACACCUACGCCACCGGGAGGGUCUGCUACUGGACUAUCCGGGUCCCAGGAGCCUCUCACAUCCAUUUCAACUUCACCUUAUUUGAUAUCAGGGAUUCCGCAGACAUGGUGGAGCUGCUGGACGGCUACACCCACCGUGUCCUGGUCCGCUUCAAUGGAAGGAACCACCCGCCCUUGUCCUUUAAUGUCUCUCUGGAUUUUGUCAUUUUGUAUUUCUUCUCUGAUCACAUCAAUCAGGCCCAGGGAUUUGCUGUCUUAUACCAAGCCACCAAGGAAGAACCACCACAGGAAAGGCCUCCAGUCAACCAGACACUGACAGAGGUGAUCACCGAACAAGCCAACCUCAGCGUCAGUGCUGCCCACUCUUCCAAAGUCCUCUAUGUCAUCACCACCAGCCCCAGCCACCCACCGCAGACUGUCCCAGGUAGCCAUUCCUGGGCACCAUCAGUUGGGGCCAGCAGCCACAGAGUGGAAGGAUGGACCGUGUAUGGCCUGGCAACCCUCCUCAUCCUCACAGUCACAGCCGUCGUUGCCAAGAUCCUUCUGCAUGUCACAUCUAAGUCUCAUCGUGUUCCUGCUUCGGGAGACCUUAGGGACUGUCGUCAAUCAGGGACUUCUGGGGAGAUCUGGACCAUUUUCUAUGAACCUUCCACUACAAUCUCCAUCUUUAAGAAGAAGCUCAAGGGCCAGAGCCAACAAGAUGACCGGAACCCCCUUGUGAGUGACUGAAGCCACACCGCACUGAGACAGGAGGCUGCUCCUGAGCUGAAGGUUGCUGGGGUCCUGCUGCAGGGGCGCUGUGGCUGGAUUCCUCCAUCACAUGCACUUAGGCUGGACACUCGGAGCUCGGCCCCUGGCCUGCAGCUCUGCCGAGACUGGGGCUGAGUUGACAGGACACAGCUGGACCUGAUUCUAGACGACUGUUGGGUGGUGGGUAGUUUAAUGUGUGAUGCGUUUUUAUUUUCUAUUUUGACCGUGUAUGGAUCAGUUUCCCCUGAUCUUUUCAGUUUAGAACAGAGCCAGACUGAAGAAAUUCUCGGGUUUUCUUGAAGGCUGGCCUGGUUCCCUGCCAAAUGUGGUCUUCUAGCUGUUAGCACCUCAGAGUGCACAGCCAGGCCUGCAGCGUUCUCUCUGAUGCCGACUAAGAUGUGCCUCAUCUAGUCUGAGGGGACUGAGAACAUGGGUCACACUAGAUGUCUUCUUUCUAGAGGGUAUUUAACAAUACUUACUGGCCUGCAGGGCUAACCUGGGGAUUGAGCACAAAACAAUCCACCUGUUUGUCCAUGGGGCAACACUGUAAACUGCUUGUGUACUAGACUUACCUGGCCUGGCCCCCAAGCAGUUGACAGGUCUGUGGAAUCUGAACUCAGCCUGUCCCUCGGUCCUCUCAGCUAACUUCAAGUUCAGAACCAGGAGUUUAAAGGCUGUAGCAUAGUGCGGGGGCCGUAGCUCAGUGGUAGAGAGCUUGCCUUGCAUACAUGAGUCCCUAAGGUCAAUGCCAAUACUGCCAAAAAGAGAAAGAGAAAAAAAACUGUAGCAUAGCCUAUGGGCAGCAUCCUGUGAUGAGACAGAGUCCUGUGGAUCCUACAUGAUUUUAAAAGAAGACCACAACUACCAAGAGCUAUGUCCUUUGUCCCUUAUCAGGGGGACAGAGUAGUUAGGGUAAGGGCUCUUGUCUUGCCCCGUCACUCUGUCCCUUAGACAGGGAGGCAGACUACAGAAGCUGGCAAAAGGAAAAGGCAGGGUCUGGGAACUGGAGAGGCCCAGUUACAGUGGCCACCAGUUGUGAGAGGAAGGGCCACCCCUGAUGGAGAAGCCCUGCAGUCUGGAAGUGACCGUGGUCAGCAGUAGCUGAGAGCAACAACCUGUGCCCCGAAGGUGACCCUGGUCGCUCUCUUGUCAGCACUUGAGCUUUGGAGUUGUGGGCCUCUGAUCUCCUGGGUGCCCUCCUGGAGCACUACUUACCUCUCCUGCGUCUCUAAGCUGCUGCCAUUGAGGCCUCUUGUAGGGUUGGCCAGCCCGUCAGUAACUGGCUGCUCCCAGGUAGGAGGACUAUAUGGGACCAUGGGGGAGCAUCCUCAGGGAGAGGCAGUGACCAGAGCUGAUGGGUAGAGAGGCAACUGGAGGAGGAAACUGUGUCUCUACAGUGGGCCAGGGGUGCUGUCCAGCUCCCAUGGGAGGCCUGCAGGGUACAGAGCUUCUGGGGGUCAUCUGGAAAAGCGGCAGGCGCCUCAGUCUGAAGACAGGCUCACCACGCACAAGGACCGCUGGAAAUAGACUGACAGGAGCAGGUUCCAGGCCAGGCUGUUCAUAACGUGUGUGGAACCUCGGGAAGCAAGUGUUAGUCACAGAGCACCAUGUGGCUCUCCAGGGAAGGCUCAGCUGGCCAGGACAUUGGUCUAGCUCUGCCCCGGUGGUGGCAGCUACAGCUCAGCUGCCCUUCACUGCCGUCCUCAGGAAGGGCAGUGGACGUGCCCACACUCCUUGCGCUGGCCCUGGCACAGCCCAGCACCCCAGUAUGCACUUCCUCUUGGGGACCAGCCCCAAGAAACACAAGCCCACCUUUCCAUAGCAUGGGGCAGUGGGAAGCUGUGAAUCGCCCAGGCCAGGUCCCCAGCAAUGACAGCACACUGUGAGUCUGUCAACAGCUUGUGUACCAGUCGGGGUAAACACGGAGAGGUGGGCAGCCCGAAGCUAAGUGUGCUGGGGGGAGGGGUGUUUGAGUCGAGGUGGGUGGAGAUUGCCUGAGGAGAAGAGCAGCACAAAAGACUGCGGAGACCCUCUGAGACCUUAGGUGUAGGCACAACGGUGUAGACCUUAGGUGUAGGCACAAUGGUGUAGACCUUAGGUGUAGGCACAGGUAGACCCCACGGGUCCCACUGCUUGAAAAGUAAAGACAGAGUAAGGAGAAGCCUGUGUCUUCCCACGUCACACAGGAUGGGGCUGCGGCUGCCUGGGGUGGGCAAGGUGACCAGACCUCUGACUUCCCCAACUGUGAGUCCCUGCUGCAGAUUCCUCAGCCAAAAGCUCUCAAAGAUCAAAGCUCUGGCAGGUACCGCUGUCCUGACCCUGAGCCAGCCCAUGGGAUGUGCCUGGGCCAGGUGCCAGCCCACGUCCCAAUGUCAGCCCAGGCAGGACCCCACCUGACCCUCCUCAGCCACUGGCCUGACACCAGCAGGGCUUUCCCAGCUGCUGCAAGCAUGGGGACAGUCCCCUCUUAACCUUCAAGAGCACUUAGAAGCAGAUGGCCUUCCGACUCUGCCGGCCUAUCUGCAGGGCCCACAUUGGGCCUCCUAGGCCAGCUCCUCACUCCACAGCCCUUCGUGGUUCUCUCUGGGGCUUCUCUGGGGGUUGGAAUCUCCUGUUUGGAGUUUGAUGUCCACUUUGGGUGCUGCCUUGGGAACCUCUGUCCUCACCCUCCCCCCAGGCCACUCUCAGCCUAGCUGCUGUGGUAUGAGGUGGGGGACUUGUCAGACCCACCAGCCACUCGCGUCGGCCAGCAGAGCCAUGUGGGAACUGAGCGAGCUGACUGAGGCUGAGUGGGCAGAGGGACAGUAGGAGGUGAUUCUCCCCUGUCAGAGGGAAGUAUACAAGGGAUCCUUUCUUGCCCACACAGGGAGCUGUAAUCCCUGCCAUCCUCAUGGCACCAAGACCUUCCCCUUUCCAAACUCUCCCUCCAGCAGGGAUCUGACUUUGGACAACAAGGCUUUAUUUGUAAAUAUGCUCUUAAUAUGCAACGUUGAGAAUAGAACAGAAGCAUCGUGUAUUUUAAAGUGUAAAAUGAAGUGUGACACACUGUAUACAAUUUAAUAUAUAUUUUUAGGAUUUUGUUAUUUAAGAAAAUGGAAUGUGAUGGUACUUAACUUUUACAAA